ACUCAUUUAGAUAAGAGAUUCUUAGGCCACUUUUGGGCAACCAUUCGGUCUUCAAGGCCAUCUUUGUUGUGCUCGUGUGUGUUCAAAGGAUAGCGAAUGCUGGCCAAACAAAGGAGACCCUUAUUCAAAGAGGAAUUUGAGCUCUGAAGUUGGUUUCUGGUUACGAGUUAGUCGUCAGUCCAUUCCCGACCGAGUAAGCACUGAGAAGCAGGAACCGUUUAAGGAACUAAAGAAGAUUCUUAAGCAGUAUAAGAAAGCAAAAUCAUCUCUGAUCAUGGCUGGUCGGCGCGGACAAAGCAGUUUUAAUCGAGGAAGAGAUGGAUACGUUGAUGUCUGGACCGAUGGGGCUUGUCCAUCAAAUGGACGUGAUAAUCCAAGAGCUGGGGCAGGCGCUUGGUUUGGAGAUAACCAUGAUCUGAACAUUUCUGCACCUGUGUAUGGUCGUCAAACUAAUAACAAUGCAGAGAUUCAAGCAGCAACUUAUGCUGCAAGGCGUGCUGCAGAUGCUGGGAUAGAAAAACUACGAAUUAAUACCGAUUCUAAAUUUCUCAUCGAUUGCCAUGAUAAGUGGAUGCCAAAAUGGGAACAAAAUGGUUGGAAGACGUCAGACAACAGAUCCGUAAUAAAUAAAAAUGAACUUGUGGAAAUGAAGAAAGCAUUUGAACCAUUGGAUGUUCAACUUAAAUACGUUCCGGGUCACAAAGGAGUUCAUGGAAAUGAAAUGGCUGAUCAGCUUGCACGAUCUGCAGCAGAACGGCAGGAUUACUAGCCUACAUAUCGGCGAUUGCUAAGUGGCCUUCAAAAUGUCAAUCAUAAAGAAACGCUUACUUACUUAUAUAAUACAAUUACUUACUGUAUAAGUAAUAUCAGCAUGGUAUAUAUGAUAAAAACCAAACACAAUUUUUUUUACUUUACAUGUAAUUCAUUGAUGAAAAUAAAUUCUAUAUAUUUGCAACGUAAACAUCA